UCGAAAAGCUCCGAGGACCCGCCAAAGCUCACUGAUCAACAACCCAUACAACAAUACUCAGAGUCUACAUCAUGUCUCUUCCCGACCCUCUGAGUUGGACUCUUUUGUUCAAGAAGCACAAAACCACCGUGCUUCUGAUGCUCCCGCCGUCGGAGACGAUCGCCACCACAAAGGAAUCACUCCUCAGUGCCCUCCAAUCCCGCGGUCUCCAGGAUAUCAACGGUGAUAUAAUCCCGGAAGACUCGUCCGAUAUUGAACUUGGUGUUCCGGUAGAUAAAAAUGAUUUGGAGAAGGGCUGGACAAGACUGGAGGUUGAGGUGUCGGCGUUCGAUAAUGAUGACGCCCCUAAACGAGGAGCUGCAAAGAAAGGUACCGGCGCUCUUACUCUGCAAGGGGCCGAGAUUAGGAACGGACAACCGAUCGCUUUCAGGUUCCGGAAGGCCAGGGGUGAAUCUGAGGAGACUGAGAAGGGAGACGAAAUGAUUGAUCUCGAACUGGAUGAUCCCGGAUGGGACGUCAUCGUCCCGAGCUUGGAUGAUGAGGAAGAAGAUCUCAGUCGAGGCAUCUAGUCACAUCUUUAUCCCGUUAUCUUUCUUUCGACGUGGAGUUCAGCAAGGCUUUCAUGGACUGGCGCAUGGUUGAUAUGAGGCACGAAUAGGCGGCGUUUUUAGAAUUCUUAUGGAUAGUAUUGUGAGAAGACCUUACGAUAUUGUGGAUGGGCAUAGGAUGGAUAUGAAGCUGGUAGGAAUCAUCGGAUAGGGACAUACGAAACUUUAGCAUUGUUGGUGAUCCUGUUUUCUUGUGAGAUGACACUGCAUAAUGGAACCCACGUGGUCUGUUAUCUCAAUUCAGGGUACCCUGCCAAAAAAAUGUCGACAAUUUGAUGUGUAACGGCUCCGUGU